ACCUAUCGGUAUUCUAAUGUGUGGCAUAUUUUUACCUUUGAGGACGAAUUCAGUACCUACCUAUUUCUAAAUUAUUUCUGAUAUUGUUUGUAAUGCUUAGGUUUCAGUAAAGCUUAUUACGUGGACAAAUUGUGUAGAUUUCGCCAAAGUUUCUAUUGGGUACCAGCUAAUAGAUACAGUCCGUGCAGUAUAUUGUUAUUAUACAGUCUCUGGAAAAGAUGCAUGAGGCGUGAUGACUAUACGAACUGGACAUAGUACAUACGAAUCAUGUAACUACGGACCGUCACUGAUAGCGUUUUCUUUAAAUAACUAUUUAAACUACAUUGAUAAGGCUUAGAUAACCGCAACUGCGGGUCACAUUGUAAUUACGUUAGUUUUAAAAAAUAUAGGUAAAUUCUUCUAGAAGUUCGUACUACUACGUAGGUACGUCCGAAUAAAAAAGUCGGAUCACCACACCACGUGCGAAUUUCACAUUUUAUUCAUUGAAUCACGAUAGUAUCUGUAAAUAUUCCAAUUGUAAAUGUAUCGUUAGCUAAAAUGCAAAAGGAAAUGACGAGUGUGUAUCACAUAGGGGAGACAAGGGCCCUCCUGCGAUCACCUCCGUCAUUAGUCAAUUGAGAGAUUGGCGCGGCAGGAAUCGCUGAGCACCGCGGACUGCCUCCAGUGGCACACAGACCCUCGGACGACCAACCACCAUCACAUUACUGCACACACAAACCUUUCAUGGGUUUCAAGUGAUUACAAGUGCCGACAAGAGGAUUACGGUACACAAAUGUUUCUGUUAAAGGCAAAGGUCCUCCUGGGAUUGCUCAUACUUUAUUGGUUUUUGAUUGACUCGACUGACGCACGACGCGGGAGAACGAGGAGCAGAACUAAAUCUAAGGUCCAAAUUGGCUUGCCUAUAACCGGAAAAUACAGAGAUCCAGAAUCUGACCAGUAUUAUAACAAUAAUGACGGAGCAAAAAUCCUCCUGGCGUCACACUUUGAUCUCGAGUAUGUACUCGGACACAAGAUCGCCUUCCUGUGCAUUGCGAAGGGCAGCCCUCGUCCACACAUCACCUGGUUCAAAGACGGCGUUGAGAUAUUCGCACAUCAUUAUUUACAUAUCCACGAGUGGCCAAUCGGUGACGAUCGCGUAAAGUCCAAGAUAGAAAUCGACCCUGCGACACAGAUGGACGCAGGCGUGUACGAGUGCACAGCAGACAAUAUGUAUUCCAUCGAUCGUCGCUCCUUCAAGACAGAUUUCUCUAUCGCGUUCGACUGAUCACUUAUAUAUCAAUUUACAUUGUACACGUUUGCCAUCAUUCAUGAUAUUUCGCUAUACUAUGUUUAUCUCUACAUAUUAGAUGUAUAUCAGAAAUUGGCGUUUACAUUGUUUAUGCAUCACAUCUAGUACAACCAAUAAAUAAUAAUACGCUCGUUAGCUAACAUCAGAAAUCAUAUUUUUUUAAUAAAAGAUGCACA